AUGAGAUCCAGACCUGGCAACAUGGAGAGAAUAGUCAUCUGCCUGAUGGUCCUCUUCUCAGGGACAGUGGCCCAUAAAUCAAGCUUCCAAGGGCAAGAUCGCCUCUUGCUUAGACUGCAUCAACUUAUAGAUAUUGUUGAUCAGCUGAAAAACUAUGUGAAUGACUUGGACCCUGAAUUUCUGCCAGCUCCAGAAGAUGUAAAGAGACACUGUGAGCGGUUGGCUUUUUCAUGUUUUCAGAAGGUCCAACUAAAGUCAGCAAAUACCGGAGACAAUGAAAAGAUAAUUAAGAUAUUAACUAAACAGCUGAAGAGGAAACUACCUCCCACAAAUGCAGGGAAAAGACAGAAACAUGAACUAACAUGUCCUUCAUGUGAUUCUUAUGAGAAAAAACCACCCAAAGAAUUCCUAGAAAGACUAAAAUCACUCAUCCAAAAGAUGAUUCAUCAGCAUCUCUCCUAG